CGUCUCCUUCGGCCCCUCGGCGCCAAAUGAGGGGUCGGAACGGUGCGGGCGGCGGGAAAAGAAGGCAUGGGGCAGGCGGGGCUAAAGCAGAAGGUCUGCAGAUGACCGCAGGCAGUAACUCACGCGCGCAGCCAGAGACGUCUUUUCCCACCGCCGCCGCGCCAACUCCCGCCUCCCACCUCCCACGAGCAUGAGGAGGGGGAAGAAACCCACGCGAGUCGUUUCCUCCGCGCAGCCUGGAGGGCGGCUGAGCGAGAGAGCAACGUGGAUUGAUCCAUUCGCUUAGUGCUGAGCGGGUGGAAGGGAGGGGAAAGGCGAAAAAGCAGCCUCGAGAGGGGAAGGACUCUCUCUCUCUCUGCGCCCCCCCUCUUUUUUAAUGUUAUUUUUACACGCAGCCCCUUCGGCGGCGAAGAAGCCGUAGGAAUGGGUGGCAGCAGAGCCGCGGCUGCUGCGCCCCAGUUGGUGACAAGGCGCCGCUGAGGGACUCUUCUUCUCCUUCUCUUUCCCUCGGGGACGCACGCCAUACGCGGCGCGCACCCACAGAGCAACUCCUCAGGCGCGACGAGGCAGCUCGCUCUCGGGGUGCUUUUUGUCGUCGUCGUCCCCCCCCCCCCCGCUUCUGAGGGAAGGAAGGACGGCAAGAGGAGGAGGAGGCUGGUGGGGAAGAAGAGGACCUGCCCAGCGAUGCCUUUGUGCCCGCGAGAGGCGAGGAAAGGGCGCCAAAAAGCGGCCGCCCGCCUGGCGGACUGCGGCUAGUUUGCGCCGAAUCCGCCGCCUCUCUUCUCGCCUCCCCCCCCCCACCCGCGCAACUUCCAGGAGCGGAUUAGGAAGAGGAGGACGAUGCCCGAUUGAGCUGCCUGCUGCUGGAAGCCUGGGUGUAUUAUGUCUGCACUGCGAAGGAAAUUUGGGGACGACUACCAGGUAGUGACCACCUCGUCCAGUGGCUCCGGCUUCCACCAGCAGCAGGCGCCGGCGCACAAGAAGAAGCGUCAGCGGUUUGUGGACAAGAACGGCCGGUGCAAUGUUCAGCAUGGCAACCUGGGCAGCGAGACGAGCCGCUACCUGUCGGACCUGUUCACCACCUUGGUGGACCUCAAGUGGCGCUGGAACCUCUUCAUCUUCAUCCUCACCUACACGGUGGCCUGGCUUUUCAUGGCCUCCAUGUGGUGGGUCAUUGCCUACAUGCGAGGUGACUUGAACAAAGCCCAUGACGAGAAGUACACUCCUUGUGUGGCCAACGUCUACAACUUCCCCUCCGCCUUCCUCUUCUUCAUAGAGACAGAGGCCACCAUUGGUUAUGGCUACCGAUACAUUACGGACAAAUGUCCAGAGGGCAUCAUCCUUUUCCUGUUCCAGUCCAUCCUGGGUUCCAUUGUGGAUGCGUUUCUCAUUGGCUGCAUGUUCAUCAAGAUGUCCCAACCUAAGAAAAGGGCAGAGACGCUGAUGUUCAGCGAACAUGCUGCCAUCUCCAUGAGAGAUGGCAAGCUCACCCUCAUGUUCAGGGUGGGCAACCUCCGCAACAGUCACAUGGUCUCUGCACAGAUCCGCUGCAAACUCCUCAAAUCUCGGCAAACGCCUGAGGGUGAAUUUCUCCCCCUCGAUCAACUUGAACUGGAUGUAGGUUUUAGCACAGGGGCAGACCAACUUUUUCUUGUUUCGCCACUUACAAUCUGCCAUGUGAUAGAUUCCAAAAGCCCCUUCUAUGACCUUUCUCAACGAAGCAUGCAGACGGAACAAUUUGAGAUUGUUGUCAUCCUAGAGGGCAUCGUGGAAACAACUGGGAUGACUUGUCAAGCCAGAACAUCCUACACAGAAGAUGAAGUUCUUUGGGGCCAUCGUUUCUUCCCUGUUAUUUCCUUAGAGGAAGGAUUCUUCAAAGUAGACUAUUCCCAGUUCCAUGCAACGUUUGAAGUCCCUACAGCACCUUACAGUGUGAAAGAACAGGAAGAAAUGCUCCUUAUGUCCUCCCCAUUAAUAGCACCAGCUGUAAGUAACAGUAAAGAAAGAAAUAAUUCUGUAGAAUGUCUAGAUGGCAUAGAUGACAUUGGUACAAAGCUACCGUCAAAACUGCAGAAAAUGACUGGAAGGGAUGACUUUCCUAAAAAACUGCUGAGGAUGAGUUCUACCACUUCGGAAAAAGCCUACAGCAUGGGGGACCUACCUUUGAAACUCCAGCGAAUAAGUUCUGUCCCUGGCAACUCAGAAGAGAAACUGGUAUCUAAAACCACAAAAAUGUUGUCAGAUCCUAUGAGCCAGUCUAUGGCAGACUUGCCACCGAAACUUCAAAGAUUAUCCGGAGGAGGAGGAGGAGGAGGAGGUAGAAUGGAAGGAAACCUCCCCCCAAAACUGAGGAAAAUGAAUUCUGAUCGGUUUACAUAACAUGAACAGACAUAUUAGGUAUUAUUUCAAGUUUGAAUUGCCAUUCAAUCCAAUUGAGCAGGAAAGCAAACACGUUGAAAAUUGCAUUUGAUGACUGGUUUUCCUUAAGAGUUACAUGCACUCUGGGACAACUGUAUUCCCCCAAAUUAAGGACUCUUGUUGAAUUAUACAAUAAAAUACAUGAACUUCA